UAAAGAAAAGAGACAACCUCUUAAAGGAGUAUAAAAGGACUGGCCAUUUGAGAUGUUCUCAAAAGCAACCGCUGUGCCCUAAAGUAUCUUCCUGACAUCAGUCAGAGCCGAAUGGUCGGAUUAUAAAGGCUCUGUGAGGUAAAUAACGUUUCGCACAAUCACUCAUCACUUCUCCCAAGCUAAUUUACUACUGAUGCCUCUAAGGCUUCAGCGCUCAGCGUCUUGUCAAGGUCACGUGUGAGAACGGACGUCCAUGUAAGGCUCUGUCAGUCAAGGCCACGCCCUAGCGUGACGUACGCCGGGUACCUGCUCCGAGCAAGCAGCUAGGGAAGACUGACAACAGCUGCCGGAACCGUGUGAGUAACAUAUUCCACAGCGGAAGGUUCCGUCACGGUUGAGAGAGAGGUUGUGCCACGUGCAGGAGUUCGGCGGUUUCCUCCGCGUCACAUUUUCCGCUGCACAAAGGAUAAAACAAAAGAUGAGUUCCUUCAGCAUUCUAGCCUUUGGCCAGCAGCUGUUCCGUCGCAAAGUUGUGGGAUCUGACAGCAAGGAGAGCAGGUUAUCCCGAUGCCUCAACACAUUUGACUUGGUUGCUUUAGGUGUAGGGAGCACACUUGGAGCCGGAGUUUAUAUACUGGCUGGAGCGGUGGCAAGAGAGAAUGCCGGGCCUGCUAUCGUUCUCUGUUUCCUCAUCGCUGCAUCAGCUUCGGUUCUUGCUGGACUUUGUUACGGAGAGUUUGGGGCAAGAGUUCCAAAGACCGGCUCUGCCUACCUCUACAGUUAUGUUACAGUCGGGGAGUUCUUGGCCUUUGUUACAGGAUGGAAUUUAAUCCUUUCUUAUGUAAUUGGUACAUCCAGUGUGGCUCGUGCCUGGAGUGCAACAUUUGAUGAUCUUAUUGGCAAACAGAUUGAAAGCUACUGUUUAAAGCAUAUGUCAAUGAAUUUUCCAGGGGUGCUGGCCAAGUACCCAGACAUAUUUUCUGUUCUCAUAAUCCUGGUAUUAACAGGCCUUUUAUCUUUUGGUGUGAAAGAAUCUGCUCUUGUGAACAAGGUUUUUACAUGUGUCAAUGUCCUUGUUUUGGGAUUCGUCAUCGUCUCUGGCUUUGUGAAAGGGUCCCUUAAAAACUGGCAACUAUCAGAAAGUGACUUCAAUACUACGAAUGUGACCGACGUUACCAAUGUAACAAAGGAGCAGAAUUUCAACUACGGUGCCGGUGGAUUUAUGCCAUUUGGAUUUGCUGGGGUUCUCUCAGGGGCAGCAACGUGUUUCUAUGCCUUUGUUGGAUUUGACUGUAUUGCAACUACAGGGGAAGAAGUUAAAAACCCACAGAAAGCCAUUCCAAUAGGAAUAGUUGCUUCUCUCCUGAUUUGUUUUGUGGCAUACUUUGGGGUGUCUGCUGCGUUGACACUUAUGAUGCCAUAUUAUUUAUUAAAUAAAGAUAGCCCCUUACCUGUGGCAUUUAAUUAUGUUGGAUGGAAUGGUGCAAGGUACGCAGUUGCUGUUGGAUCCCUCUGUGCUCUUUCUACAAGUCUUCUUGGAUCCAUGUUUCCUAUGCCUCGAGUGAUCUUUGCAAUGGCAGAUGACGGGUUACUCUUCAAGUUUCUAGCCAAAGUCAGUGAAAAAACCAAAACCCCACUAAUAGCAACUCUAACAUCCGGAUGUGUGGCAGCUCUGAUGGCGCUUCUCUUUGAUUUGAAGGACUUGGUAGAUCUGAUGUCUAUUGGAACCCUGCUCGCUUACUCUUUGGUUGCUGCCUGUGUUUUGGUGCUAAGAUAUCAGCCAGAGCAGCCGAACCUGGCAUACCAGAUGGCAAGCACCAAUGAGGACCCCAUUGAACCCACGGAACCUUCUGAAGGCUCCCAAGUUGGUAUUGUAGUGGAGGACAAAUUCACCUUGUCCAUGUUAUUGUUUAACAAGAACAGUGAACCUUCCAGGUCUUCUGGCUGCAUCGUGAACAUUUCUGCUGCGUUAAUUGGUUUGCUCAUUAUCCUCUUUUGCUGCCUGGCAGUCUUGGGCGAGAAAUUAAUGCUGAGCGGAGAUCCUUUGGUUCUUUUUCCACUUGUAGUCAGUGCCCUCUUGGGUCUGUUCCUCACCAUUGUUAUUUGGCGGCAGCCUGAAAGCAAAACAAAACUCUCCUUCAAGGUACCACUGCUUCCAGUUCUUCCCAUAUUGAGCAUUUUAGUAAACGUAUAUCUGAUGAUGCAGCUAGACAAGGGGACGUGGAUUCGAUUUACAGUUUGGAUGCUAAUAGGGUUUAUCAUAUACUUUGGUUAUGGCAUGUGGCAUAGCAGCGAGGCGGCAAGUUCCGAAACAAUAAGUGUUCCACAUUAUAUCCAGUCUGGUGAUGUGCCUGGCGAUGAGACUGAGAAGCAAGUAAUGCUAAAAGGUUCGGCUACAGAAAACUCCAUCACGUGGGAGAUUACAGGAGAAGACUGAUUCCUUUUA